AUGGCGAGAUCCAGCCCUUCACUUCUCUGCCUCUCACUCUGCCUUUCCGCACUCCUCUUCCACGCUUCACAGGCUAGGCAGCAAUGGCAGCAGGGGAACGAGUGCCAGCUCGACCGGAUCGACGCGAUCGAGCCCGACAACCGCAUCCAGAGCGAGGCCGGUACGAUCGAGACUUGGAACCCAAGCCACCAGCAGUUCCAGUGCGCUGGAGUUGCCAUUGUGAGGCGCACGAUCGAGCCCAACGGCCUUCUCUUGCCUUCUUACAGCAACACUCCUCAGCUCAUCUACAUCGUUCAGGACUGGCACUGGAACCUGAACGCCAACAGCAUAAUCUACGCCAUCAGAGGGCAGGCCAGAGUCCAGAUUGUGAACGAGAACGGCAACUCGGUGUUCGACGGCGAGCUGCGCGAGGGACAGGUGCUGACGGUGCCCCAGAACUUCGCGGUGGUGAAACGCUGCGAGAGCGACAGGUUCGAGUGGGUAUCUUUCAAGACCAACGACAACGCCAUGGUCAACUCGAUCGCCGGACGGACCUCCGCCAUCAGGGCUAUACCGGCUGACGUUUUGGCCAACGCGUGGAGGGUAUCGCCGGAGGAGGCCAGGAAGUUGAAGUUCAACCGCCAGGAGACUCACUUGGCCAGCUCAAGGUCUCAGUCCUUCAGAGCUGCAGCAGCUUAG